AUGGCAGAUCUUGCAAUUUCGACAGUUUUCUUUGAACAUCACCGCCAGGCCUUCGGAAUUGCCGGGACGAAGCCUCGUAUUACCUGGAGGUUUGAAGGCACUGUGUCUGAUUGGGAGCAAAGCGCCUACGACAUAGAAGUUGCGCGCAAUGGACCCAAGGUCGAUAAAACAGCUCUUUUCUCCUUCAACUCCUCCAACUCGCUCUACGUACCGUGGCCCGAUGAGGAACUCGGCGAGUCAGAGGCUGCAACUGUACGUGUGCGCGAUCAUGGCAUCGACGGGCUGUCUACCCCUUGGUCUGACUGGGUCAAUGUGGAGACGGGACUCCUUACGGAGGGUAGUUGGGUUGGAGCAGUCCCGAUUACAGCCGACAUCUUUGACCAAUCUAACAACACCGCCAAACGGCCUUUAUACUUCCGUCGCGACUUCCAGAUCCCUCAGGCUAUUGCUUCUGCAAGGCUGAGAUCAACGGGAAGAGGGUUGGCGAUCUUGUUGCGCCCGGAUGGCAGUCCUGGGAAGAACGCCAUUGGAGUGGUUGUAGGAGAAGGAUGGUUUCUCGGCCGGCUAGGACCAGAAAGUGUCAGAAACAAUUACGGCGACUUAAUUGGACUUCUCAGCAAGCUUGUUGUUACCCUUGAAGAUGGUAAAAAGAUCACAUUCGGCACUGACAGGGACUGGCGGGCGAGCGGAGGACCUGUCGUCUCGGGCGAAAUUUAUGAUGGCGAGACCUAUGAGGCUAGACUCGCAAAACAAAUUCGGGGGUGGUCAACGGCAGCCUUUAACACAAAGGUAAAUACAUGGGGUAGGGUUCGCACGCUCCCAUCUCUCAAGGGAAAGCUCACUCCGCCUGAUCAGCCCGGGAUCCGAAGGAUAGAGGAAAAGGAAGCCCAGCGGAUACUCAGGUCCCCGUCGGGAAAGACAAUUAUUGAUUUCGGACAAAAUCUCGUAGGCUGGCUCCGGGUUCAGGUCGAUGGGCCCGCUAAUACGAACAUCACGUUUCACCACGCAGAGGUAUUGGUGGAUGGCGAGCUAGCCUUGAAGCCACUACGUACAGCAAAGGCAACCGAUACCAUCAUACUCGCUGGAGAUGGUCCAAUUACUUGGGAACCUAAGUUAACUUUCUAUGGCUUUAGGUACGUUCAGGUCGAUGGCUGGCCCAAGAACAGGUCAUUGAGGGGAUCCAUCAAGGCUGUCGUGGUACACACGGAUCUCGAGGAGACUGGCUGGUUCGAGUGUUCCAACCAUGCCCUGAACCAACUACACUCUAAUGUUCGCUGGUCUAUGAAAGGGAAUUUCCUGUCCAUUCUGAUGGACUGCCUCCAAAGAGAUGAGCAUCUUGGGUGGAUAGGUGAUGCACAUUUCUUUGGACCUACGGCAAAUUACCUCUACAAUACUGCUGGAUUCUGGCGAGGAUGGCACAGGGAUCUCGCGAGUGAGGCGGCUUCAGAUGGUAGCAUGAAUAUCGUAGCAGCCAAUGAUUACCUCAUUGGAACGGGCUUCGCAGGCACACCAGCUCUCAGCGACGCAUUAAGAUCCAUCAAUGCAACGGAAGACAUUUAUCGCAUCCUCCUCCAAACAAAGGUUCCCUCUUGGCUGUACCAAGUUGAUAUGGGCGCUACCACGAUCUGGGAGCGUUGGGAUAGCAUGCUUCCGGAUAGGCAAUUGAAUCCUGGAGAGAUGACCAGCUUCAAUCAUUACGCGUAUGGUUCCGUGGCGCAAUUCUUGCAUGAGACUGUUGGCGGAUUAGCACCAGAUAAAGACAACUCGGGCUAUGAAACUGUUGCAGUUGCACCUAUCCCAGGUGGUGGAAUCACAUCAGCUAAUGCUAAGCAUCUGGGACCUUAUGGCAUGGUGGAAUAUAAGUAA